AAGAUUUUUUUCGAGGUGUCAAAUCCCCCGUUGGACAUUUUGCCUGGAUCGCCGGCCCCAGACAUUCCCUCUCACCACCACGCACAACGAAUCUACUAACUAGUACAGCCGUCACAGUAAGUCACCAUCGCUACCUAGUGUUUUAGACGCAUUAUUCUAACAGUUCGCCUACAGAUGGGUCGUCUCAACGAGUACCAGGUCAUUGGCCGCCACCUGCCUUCCGAGGCCAACCCCACCCCGAAGUUGUAUCGCAUGCGCAUCUUCGCUCCCAAUGAGGUCGUUGCCAAGUCCCGCUUCUGGUACUUCUUGAUGAAGCUCAAGAAGGUCAAGAAGGCCAACGGCGAGAUCGUCAACCUCACCCAGAUCCUCGAGAAGCACCCUCUCAAGGUCAAGAACUUCGGCAUCUGGAUCCGUUACGACUCGCGCUCCGGCACCCACAACAUGUACAAGGAGUACCGUGAGACCUCCCGCACUGAUGCCGUCGAGGCUCUCUACUCUGACAUGGCCGCCCGCCACCGUGCCCGCUUCCGGUCGAUCCACAUCCUCCGCGUUGUUGAGAUCGAGAAGACCGAGGAUGUCAGACGCCCCUACAUCAAGCAGAUGAUCACCAAGAACCUGUCCUUCCCCAUGCCCCACCGCGUCCCCAAGAUCCCCAACAGCAAGGUGUUCAGUGCCACCCGCCCUUCUACCUUUGCUUAAGUUGGUCAGACUCAUUGGGCAGUGCUGGCGGCUAUUCGGUGUUGAAUUGGGGCAUUGCCCAAGGUUUACUCGGUGUUCACAGAGGAAUAACGGUGUUCAAAAGAUGGGUGUUUAUGUCACAGAAGGACGCAGUCACUCGGCCGCGUGAUGACUAUGAGUCCAGAGCUUUUCAUACCCAACAAAUCAGCAUGUGACAUGACGGCGUUUUUGUAUUUGGAAUCAAAAAGAACUUAUUGUGACAAACAGAGAUUCCCGUCCACGUGCUCGCACACUCAUGCCUUAAUCGUUCAUCAUCGAGCUACUUGCUUUGUGCACAUAGGAGCUCCCUUUGCAAUGUGUCUACGA